AUGAGCGCCGGCACCACCAGCUGCGCCCUCCUGGCUGGGCUCCUCGCGGCCCUGGCCAUCACAGCCGUGGAGCCCCUGAGUUGCGCCCAGUGUGACUCCACGCUGGUCUCCUGCGAGAACGUCAGUGCGACCGUGUGCGCAGCAGAUGCCCAGAGCUGUGUGGCCUGGCUGACCAGCUCCCUUCUGGGAGACACCAACAUGCUCAAGCAGAACAUGUCCUGCUCGCCCAGCAACUGCACGGGCCAUGGGGACACCUCGGUGGUCUUCACCGUCCGGGUGUCGGGGGAAGAGUUCUUCCACUUUGCAAACCAGUGCUGCCAAGGAAGGAGCUGCAACGGCACCAGCGCUGUUCCAGCCGCCGCAGACCAGUCCAGUAACACAGAGUGCCCGGCUUGUUUUGGGUACAACACCACAUCCUGCACGGAGAAGACCCAGAAGUGUAACAAGCAGGAGCGGUGCGUGUCUCUGACCGCGGACGUUACCAACGGAACCCAGUCCCGGCUCUUGGUGAAAGGCUGCUCUGACAUCAGCAGCUCCACCUGUGGGGCCCUGUCCGCCGGGGGGAAUCAGACGGUGGGAGACGUCCUGCUCAUCCAGGUGAACUGCACGGACGCGGCCGCCAGCCCCACCCCCAAGCCCAGCAGCUCCAGCCAGGGCGGCCUCAGAGCCUGGGGCGGCUUCUGGCCCCCGGCCGGCCUCCUCCUGGCCCUGCUGCUGCUCUGA